UGGCACACAAAGGAGGCGUAAUGGAUAUGUCCUACUUCCCCAUUUUCAUCCUCCUGUUCUUGUUUCCUUUCAGCAAAUCUGACGAUCAACUGGCACAGGGGAAGCCACUCUCAGCCGGUGACAUCCUCAUCUCCAAGGACGGCGUCUUCGCUCUCGGCUUCUUCUCCCCCGCCAACUCCAACAAGAGCCUAUAUGUUGGAAUUUGGUUCUACAACAUCCCGGAGAGCAGCCGCGCCAUCGUAUGGGUCGUCAAUCGCGACAACCCGGCCACCACCGCUUCACCCGCGACACUCGCCAUCAGCGUCAAGUCCGACCUCGUGCUGUCGGAUUCUGAAGGCCGCACGCUUUGGAUGACAAAGAACAACAUCACGGCCGAUGAAGACGCUAGAGCUUCUGCGGUGCUGCUCGACACGGGGAACUUGGUCCUCCGGUCGCCGAACGGUACAGUCAUAUGGCAGAGUUUUGAUCACCCGACAGACACCAUCCUGCCCGGCAUGAGAUUUCUGCUGAGCUACAAGGGCCGUGUGAUGGGGCGCCUUGUCGCUUGGAAGGGCCCGGAUGACCCAUCCGUAGGAGACUUCUCGUUCGGUCUUGACCCAGACUUGGACAUGCAGAUGGUCACUUGGCACGGUGACAAGCUGUACUGCCGCAUCAGCGUGUGGAACGGCGCGUCGGUGUCCGGCGGCACAUACCCAGGCAACAGCAGCUCCGUCGUGUACCAGACCAUCGUCAACACAGGGGACAGGUUCUACCUAAUGUACUCGGUCUCCGACGACUCACCGUACGCGCGCAUCAUGCUCGACUACACCGGCACCAUGAGGCUCCUCACCUGGAACAGCUACUCCUCAUCGUGGAUAGCCACAUCCGAGCGCCCCUCCGGCGGUUAUGGCGUCUAUGCCUCGUGUGGCCUGUUUGGCUACUCUGACUUCACGGGGGCCGCCCCCACAUGCCAGUGCUUGGAUGGGUUUGAGCCUGAUCCAAUGAACUCCUCGAGAGGGUGCCGGAGAGUGGAAGCACUGAAAUGUGGCAGCAAAAAUCAUUUUCUGCGCUUGUCCGGAAUGAAGGUGCCUGACAGGUUCUUGCACAUCCGAAACAGAAGCUUUGACCAGUGCGCGGCGGAGUGCAGCCGCAACUGCUCGUGCACAGCGUAUGCUUACGCCAACCUCAGCAGUGCAGGCACUCUGGGGGAUCAGACAAGGUGCUUGGUUUGGACAGGGGAGCUUGUCGACACGUGGAAGACCAACAACUAUGGCGAGAACCUGUACAUCCGCCUCGGGGACUCUCCUGCUGCAGUUCAGAAAAAUAGCAAUUUAGUGAAGAUUGUGCCGCCGGUUGUAGCAUGCCUGCUGCUACUCACGUGCAUAGCCAUUGUCUUGAAAUGGGUACGGCGAAAGAAGGAAAUCAAGAAGACACUGAUGCUACGAUACUUGAGUGCUUCUAGUGAUCUUGGAGGCAAAAAUUCAGAUUUUCCAGUUGUUAGUUUCGAAGAUAUUGUGGCCGCAACGGAUAAUUUCUCCGACUCCAAUAUGCUUGGAAUGGGAGGUUUCGGCAAAGUUUACAAGGGAAUACUGGAAGGUGACAAGGAAGUUGCUAUCAAAAGGCUUGGCAGUGGUUCUGGGCAAGAUAGUACAAGAAAAGAUGUCCUUGAUUGGCUGACACGGUUUAAAAUAAUUAAAGGGGUGGCAAGAGGCCUUCUUUAUCUCCACCAAGAUUCAAGAUUAACAAUAAUUCAUAGAGAUCUUAAAGCAAGCAACAUUUUGUUGGACAAAGAAAUGAGCCCUAAAAUAUCAGACUUUGGUAUGGCAAGGAUAUUUGGUGGAAAGCAGCAGCAAGGAAACACUAUUAGAGUUGUUGGAACAUACGGUUACAUGUCUCCAGAAUAUGUGAUGGGUGGCGCCUUUUCUGUUAAGUCGGACAUCUACAGCUUUGGUGUUCUUCUCUUGGAGAUUGUAAGUGGCUUGAAGAUCAGCUCACCUCAGCUCAUAAUGAACUUUCCAAACCUUACAACAUAUGCGUGGAGAUUAUGGGAAGAUGGAAAUGCAAUGGAACUGGUGGACUCAGCAAUUGCUGGUAGUUGUCCAAUUGAUGAAGUUCUACGGUGCAUUCAUGUGGGACUCUUGUGUGUUCAACACCAUUCAGAUGCUAGGCCACUCAUGUCAUCAGUUGUGUUUAUGUUGGAGAAUGAAAUCGCUUUGCUUCCAGAGCCGGAGCAACCUGCAUAUUUUGCAGCAAGAAAUCGGGAAAAUGGACAUACUAGGAAGAACAAGGAUAACUCACAAAAUACCAUGAGUAUCACAACACUAAUAGGGCGUUAGAUGUUUAAUGUCAACUUCUACAAUAUAUUUGAACCCCGUAAAAGGUGUAAACUCUCUAAUUUACUGUACAUAA